ACCUUCAGCUGUCAGACUUUGGCCACCCUAAAAAGUACAGGUUUUGUUAGCAAACUAAUUCGAAGUAUUAGACCAGCGCCGACUUUAUUUAAAGUUGUGCAUUCGACUGCUAAUCGAUUCUUGGACGUGUGACCUGGAGAGCGAAGCGCAAGGAUUGCACGACGGCGGAACAUCGUGUUGUAAUCGCUGCUAGUUUUUGCACGACAAGCCAGCGAUCCUGAGCGGGUGUAAGGGUAGAUGCAGGGAGGGAGUAAAAAAAGGCAAAAGUCUUUGUGCUUCCCUUCCCCCUCAUCAAAGCAAAGGGGAAAUGUCUCUGUCUAAAGGAGGGAAGAAGAAGAACCCUGGGCUGAAGCUGGCCAAAGAAGUGUUUGUGCCGCCCCCAGCAGAAGCAGCAGCGCCCCCUCGAGAUCUUGACUCUAAAGCUUGCGUCACUAUUGGAGAUAAGAAUUUUGUGGUGAAGGCAGAUGACCUGGAGCAGAUUUCAGAGCUGGGGAGGGGAGCGUACGGUGUCGUGGACAAGAUGAGACAUGUGCCCAGUGGUGUUAUCAUGGCUGUCAAGAGGAUUCGUGCCACAGUCAAUAGUCUGGAGCAGAAGAGGCUUCUGAUGGAUCUGGACAUUUCUAUGCGGACAGUGGACUGCUUCUACACUGUGACCUUCUACGGUGCCCUCUUCAGAGAGGGGGAUGUUUGGAUCUGUAUGGAGCUGAUGGACACGUCUCUGGAUAAGUUCUAUAAGAAUGUUAUUGAAAAAGGCAUAACCAUCCCCGAGGACAUCUUGGGAAAGAUCACAGUAGCAAUUGUCAAGGCAUUAGAGCAUUUGCACAAUAACCUGUCAGUGAUACACAGAGAUGUGAAGCCCUCCAAUGUUCUGAUCAACACCCUGGGCCAAGUGAAAAUGUGUGACUUUGGUAUCAGCGGCCACCUGGUGGAUUCUGUGGCCAAAACGAUGGAUGCAGGCUGCAAACCCUACAUGGCGCCUGAGCGGAUCAACCCUGACCUCAACCAGAAAGGCUACAGUGUCAAGUCAGACAUAUGGAGUCUUGGUAUCACAAUGAUUGAGCUGGCCAUUUUGAAAUUCCCCUACGACUCAUGGGGCACUCCGUUCCAGCAGCUCAAACAAGUGGUGGACGAGCCAUCUCCACAGCUGCCCGCUGACCGUUUCUCUCCAGACUUUGUAGAUUUCAUCUCUCAAUGCUUAAGAAAGAAGCCAAGUGAGAGACCAGCUUAUACAGAACUAAUGAAACAUCAAUUUUUCACCCUGCAUGACUCCAAAGACACAGACGUGGCCAGUUUUGUCAAGGUCAUCCUGGAUGACUGAUGGGCUCCCCCCCGGGCUCCACCCCCGUCAGGGUAGGCGGGACCUCUCGACAGACGAAUCCAACGGCCUACCUUUUUUAUUUUAAAACUCACUGGAAUGUCAGACUCUCAUGCACCAUCACACAACGGGGGUGGGGGGGGGUUGGGAGGGAAGACCCAAAGACUGACAGCAGCACUGGAGUGGGAAAAGUGAUGGUAAUCUAUGAACUUGUACGGUCAACUGGAGAGGUUUAAUUCACUCCUCCAAGCUUCCUGUGUGCGCAGUUAUCCAACAUGACAAAUAAUGAACUGAACAUGAUUUGUUGUUUUUGCCUGUUCUUCUUUUGUUUUUGACCCCACUACCCUUCUUAUCUCUUUUCUUCAGAAUGGACAGAGCCAACCAUUGUUUUUUUUUUUUUGGUGGCGCGCAUUAUAUGAAUAAUUUGAAUUUCAUUUGCAAAAAAAACCCCCCAACAGUUAAUGUGUAUGUUGUUGCAUAUGAAAAGGUAUAUUUGCAAAUUGCGUUUGUAAUGUUUUCUCAUUAUACAGAGUUUUGAUACUGUAUAUCGUUGACGAGUGUGAAUUCUACCGGACUAAGGCCUUGUUUGUCAGAUGGAAUCAGGUGUGCAUUUUGACCUGGGUCUGCCCGGAGGUGAUCGGUCAUCACAGGGGCUGUAGUUGCCCUUAGCAGGGUCGUUGAGAGGAUCCAUGGCUGAGACAAACAUAAAGAAAUAUCAAAAGUCACAUUCUGAGCAAGAGGAGUUGCGAAUCAUUCCUAGAUCGCUUGGUGGUGUGCGGCGUUUGAUCAGUGAUGUCAGGCGUAACCCUCCGUGUUUAUUGACUCUUCACUACUCGACUUCUUUCUUGGCUGUUAAAGAGUGGGCUUCAGGGUCGCCAUUGUUACUACCUGGAGGUAUUCAGGGGCUGCCUUUAUCAAGCUCACAGCUUUACCCUCUUUUGUGUACCAUUUUGCAAAUCAUUGUCAUGAAUUACUGCAUAAAUUGUGUUUUGUUUUAGUUUUUUUUUUCCUUUUUCUGACCUUUUUGCUUUAAUUUUAUUUUGGCAGCAUUCAAGCGUAUUAACCGAUUUGCCUACUUCUUCAAUUCUGGAUUUAGUGUAGACUUUUACAUACAGUAUGAGGCUCUUAUGUUUUGUUUUUUUCCCAAAUACCUUAUCAUGCCUUACACAAACAGUAUGGUAGGGAAAUAAUUUAUGUGUCGAAGAUGUAAAUACUAUCUCUUUUUUUUUUUUUAAUGUAACAUGGCACUGUCCUUAUCUGGCAGUGUAGAUGAAUGGUAGAAUGGUUGGUAUUAGUUUUAAUGCAGUGUGACGCACACAUUCAGACACUUGUACUCGGAGGCCCAGCUGACUCUCGUACCCCUGUUGUGGACUGAUGUGUUGUUAGGCUCGACAGGUUUUUUUUUUUUUUGUCUGUGCUCACGAGGAGACACCCUCUCCUCAGCUGCCUCCUUGAGUGCUGCAGCGGGAGCCUCUCCUCAGUUCAACAGGGGGCCAGUCAUUAUCUCUUCUGUCAGACCAUGCUAUGCAGAGCCCGUUGGACUCGUAAACAAAAACGCCCUUGCCAUGUGGCAGUUUCCCCACUCCAAGUGUUCAGAGACUGUGAUGGUGAUGGUGGUGACGAAAGCGAUAAUUGCCAUGCCUCUGCUCAUGGCUAGCACUCAUUGCCUCUCUGGUUUACACUGUAGUGCGACCUUUAUCAAAAGUCAGUGAGUUAGGAGUAUUUAUGAUUGUGAAUAAUAAGGGAAAGCUAGCAACACCACAAAGAAGCUGUUGUUUUUUUGUUUGGUUUUCUGUUUUUUUUUCUUUUCUUUUUUUGUUUAUUGCUUCUUUUUGUUGUUAGUUGGCCUUCUUCGGAUUGGGCCGCUCCCUUGGCGUGUAAAACCUGAGCUUUUUACGCUGAUCACAAUGAGAAUGGAACACUUGCUCUACCUCUUACUCCUUCUCUCUAUUUGCCACCUUUUUAUCGGGUGGGACUGACAAACUUGAACUAUGGAAAGACACAAAAAUAAAGGCUAUAUUGUUCAGUG